AUGUCAAACAACAACACGAAUAACGCGAUGAAACGCGUCGAACGCUUGAAAACGCACUUUGUCGUUUCUGCGCCUCUUUUAAAUAACGAGAGUUCUACUACGAAUAACAGUUUCGUGGAACGACAGGAGACGUCUUUCUUUUCCUCUCCGUUCGGGUCGUCGAAACACCCAGACGACGUGGUCAUCGUCUGCGCGUUAAGAACGCCAAUCACUCGCGCGAGAAAAGGCGGAUUAAAAGACACCACCGCGGACGAUCUCGUGGCAACGGUUUUAGCUGCCGCUUUAAGAGAGACGGAGAAUAUCAACGCGAACGAUAUCGGCGACGUGGUCGUUGGAUCAGUUUUAGGAGAUUCGAGUCAACGCGCGAACGAGUGUAGAAUUGGAAUGUUUUUAGCCGGGUUCCCGGUGAAAGUUCCCGUGAGAACGGUGAACAGACAGUGUUCGAGCGGAUUGCAAGCGUGCGCGGACGUGGCGAGCGCGAUUAAAGCCGGAUAUUACGAGGUUGGCAUCGCGGCUGGCGUGGAGACGAUGAGUAAGAAUCCCAUGAAAUGGGACGGAGGGUUCAACCCAAAAGCCGCGAGCGUGACGAACGCGCAGAAUUGUUUGAUUCCUAUGGGAGUCACGAGUGAAAACGUCGCCGCGAAGUGGCACAUUUCGAGAGAGACGCAAGACGCGUUCGCCGCGGAGAGUCACCGGAGAGCCGCCGAGGCGAGACGAAACGGGAAGUUUAAGAGUCAAAUUGUGCCAGUGGUGACGAAAAUUAUCGAUAAAGAGACGAAAGAGGAGAAAGAAAUCGUCGUAUCUGAGGACGACGGGAUUCGAGAGGGCGUGACGGUGGAAAAUUUAGCAAAGUUGAAACCGGUGUUUAAAAAAGGCGGGAGCACGACAGCCGGGAACGCGAGUCAAGUCAGCGACGGCGCCGGGGUAGUUAUUUUGUGUAAACGAUCGUACGCGACGAAAAACGGGUUGAAAAUUAUGGCCAAAUGGAAAUCGUUCAGCGCGGUUGGGUGUCCGCCGGAAAUUAUGGGCAUUGGUCCAGCCGUGGCCAUUCCGGACGCGUGCGAGAGAGCCGGCGUGAAAGUUUCGGAUAUCAAUUUAUUCGAGUUGAACGAAGCGUUCGCGAGUCAAGCGUCGUAUUGCGUGAACCAUUUGAAGCUGAGCAAGGAUAUCGUAAACGUAAACGGAGGGGCUAUCGCGCUCGGGCACCCGUUAGGGGCGACCGGGGCGAGAUGCAUGGCGACGUUGUUGCACGAGAUGCAUAGCAGAGACGCGUCGUGUAAGCUCGGAGUAGUGUCGAUGUGUAUCGGAAGCGGGAUGGGCGCCGCCGCCGUCGUGGAAAGAGAGUAA